CAUAUGAUCUCGAGGGUUAAAGUGUUUUGUAUUAUAUUCACAUUCCAAGAGUCAAGACCACAACAAAACCUCAGGUGAGAAAAAGAACCUCACUCCACUUUCCAAUGUAACUUUUUCGAGAGGAAAAUCCUCCGGAAAAAGGACCAAAAAGAAUGCCUUUCUUGACUGCAUAGCCAUUCUGGAGAUUCAAACCAGGCCUUGCAUGCAAAGCAUAACCCCCCACCAACCUUUGCUUGCCUCCCCUGUUCUACUACUCACAGAGCUAGCCCAUGACCAACUCUUUUAACAAAUCUUUCUUGCUUCCAUGUGGGUUAAUCUCCUUCAAAUAAACAGCAAACCCAGCUGGGUCACCAACAAAAUCAUUCAUCCGGGAGAAAGAGGCUUUCUGGAGUAAAAGAGACCUGUUGAGAAAUGGAGAGUUGGAUUCGGCAAACGAGGGUAAGAUUUUACGGCGUAGGAGACGAAAACAAAGAAGAAUCUAACGACAACAGAGAUCGAAGCUUACAACCACAAAAAAUUCAGUCCUUCAAAGGAGAGAAGAAAAAAUCUCAGACCUGGUUGCGGAGACAGUUUUCUAGGCAAACGAGUCAGGACUUCGAUUCCAGCAACGGGUGUGAGUACGCAGCUGCAGUUGCAGCAGCUGCGUAUGCAAUCAACUUGCUUGAAGAGUUUAGCAUUGCAGAACAGAAAAGGAAGAGUGAAGGAGCUGAUACCUCUUUAACCAAGAUCAAGAGUAGAACAGAAGACACAAGUACUAGGGUACGAGAAACUGGAUAUUCUGGUAGAAUAUCCAGACGGCUCUCAGAUGAGCUUUCAAAGACAAAUUUGGAAAUUCCAGACAAAUCAGUGCCAGUGAGUGCGGCGAAAGAUGAAAAGAUACCUGAAAAAGCUCUUCGUCCUGCUCUGUCGAUAAAAAAGACGGCUAGUUUUGCAGAUAAGCCCUUGGACACCACUGCCAUUCCUGAAAAAGCUGUUCAUCCUGCUCCGUCGAUAAAAAAGACUGCUAGUUUUGCAGAUAAGCCCUUGGACACCACUGCCAGUCGAAAGCCUGAAAGUGUGUUACCAAAGAUUGAGCUCCCAUCUGCCAAACCACCUGCAUUCCAACCAACAGACUUCAAAAGGCAGAGUUCGACAAGACCUGGAAUCGAAGAGACGGAGGCGGAUGCUUGGGAGAACGCCGAGAUGGCCAAGAUCGAAGAACGGUAUGAUAAGUUGAGUACCACAAUUCUUGACUGGGAGAGUAAGAAGAAAGCAAAAGCCAAACGCCAAAGGGAUAAAACCGAGAGCCAACUGGAGCGCAGGAGAGCAAAAGCGAUGAAACAUUACCGUAGUGACAUGGAGAAUAUUGAUAAAAUUUCAGGAGGAGCACGAGCCCAAGCAGAGGAAAACCGAAGGAAUGAGGAGUUCAAGGUGAAAGAGAAAGCAAAUAAAAUCAGAUCGACAGGGAAGAUUCCACCGACGUGUUUGUGCUUCUAACUGUCACUAAUCCAAGGUCCUUUCCCGGGUCAACGAACAACUUGUAAAAAGUACUCUUGUAUAUCUCUACGCAUUCAGUAGCGCUGAUAUGGUAGGAUGAGAGAUUCCUCCCCUGAUUCAUUGCGCUAUGUUAAGCCAGCUUUGUAAAUCAGUCCCAUACUUUUAUAACUUGAAUAAAGCUAACAGCAAGAUUAUCAUUUUGCU